UAUUUUUACUUUUUUUUGGAACUUAAUAUGAGGGUUAGCUUUGGAUUCCAAAAAAGAAAAUAUAAAUGAAAAGGAGAAGAAAUAAAUAAUAGAUUUAAAAUUAAUAAAUUAUUUUUAUAUAACCUUUGAUAUAAAUAUUAAAUAAUUUAAAAAUAUAUAAAUUUUUUAAUAAUUUUAAUUUAACUUGUUUCCGAUAAAUAGAAUAUUUUUUUGAUUAUUUAUUUACUUAUUUAAAUAAAAUAUCUGAACAUAAGUAAAAGGUUUUUAUAAGACUCAAUAGAGGACUAAAAUAGUGUGUAAAACAUGAUGAAAAAUUAAUUCCAUUUUUUAAUAAUAAUAAAUAAUAAAAAAUGGAUUAGUGAAGGAAUUUUAAUUUCCUAAUUUUCAUAGUUCUGAAAUUUUGCUACCACUCAUUCUAUAACAAGUGCUUUAUUUCCAUCCAAACGACGCCGUUUCAAGGGCAACAUACUUCCGAUUUAACCGCAACGCGGCAAUCCGCCAAUCCGCCAAUAUAAAUAUAGCUGCCAAAGCGCCGCCUUUGGCAUUCCACGCUUUCGCCGUAGAACACAUUCGGGAAGCGGUUUCCGUGUUCUGUUUUCUCCUUUCAAAACACUUUUUGGAAACGCUUUUCGGAAACAUUUUCUUUUCCCUUUCUUCCUCUUCCAUUCAAUUCGCAGAGAUAAAAUGGAGAAAGCAUGGUGGAGUCUGGUUCGUGCUUCUGAGAAUAACUCGUAAUCUCAAGGCAAUUGUUUCCAGCACGGGAGAUUGGAUCUUGACUUGUCAAACAGGCUGCGUUGAUUUCUGGCUUUUGUCAGUGAAUAGUAUUUCUUCGUCAUCUUCAAAGAUGCCAUCGGCAAGUCUCAAUUCAUCUGAUCAUGACACAGAACCAUUUGUUGAGGUUGAUCCCACUGGUCGAUAUGGCCGGUACAGUGACCUGCUGGGUCAUGGUGCAGUGAAGAAGGUUUAUCGGGCAUUUGAUCAGGAGGAAGGCAUUGAGGUUGCUUGGAAUCAGGUCCAGUUGAGGAAUUUCAGUGAAGAUAAGUCAAUGGUUGACCGACUUCACUCAGAGGUUAAGCUGCUGAGCACAUUGAAGAAUGAGAGCAUAAUUGUGUUGUACAGUGUUUGGAAGGACAAUGAACAUAACACAUUGAACUUCAUCACUGAGGUAUGCACAUCGGGGAAUCUGAGGGAUUAUAGGAAGAGGCAUCGCCAUGUGUCCAUUAAAGCCUUGAAAAAAUGGUCAAGGCAAGUACUUAAGGGUUUGGAGUAUCUCCAUACUCACGACCCUUGCAUCAUUCACCGAGAUCUCAACUGCAGUAACAUCUUUAUCAAUGGAAACAUCGGUCAGGUGAAAAUUGGUGAUCUGGGGUUGGCAGCCAUUGUGGGGAAGAACCACUUAGCACAUUCAGUACUGGGAACACCAGAGUACAUGGCGCCAGAGCUGUACGAGGAGGAUUACACUGAGAUGGUGGACAUCUACUCAUUUGGAAUGUGCUUGCUGGAGAUGGUCACAAUGGAGAUUCCUUACAGUGAGUGCGACAACAUUGCCAAGAUAUACAAAAAGGUGACAAGCGGAGUAGGGCCCUUAGCCAUGAACAAGGUGUCAGACCCAGAAGUGAAGUUCUUCAUUGAGAAAUGCAUAGCCCAGCCAAGGGCAAGACCUUCAGCCUCUGAGCUCCUCAAUGACCCUUUCUUCUCUGAACUCAAUGAUGGAGAUGCUACCAUCAUUGAUGGACAAGCUAUCCAGUGAAGUAUCUCAACCUAAAAAGUUCCAAAAGGUAAUCCUUUCUCCAUCCUUCUUUCAGAUGGAAAUAUAUCCCAAAGAAAUUAAUGAAACCAAUCAUUUCUCCACCCCUCCUAAUAUCCCAUAUCCCAUGUAUCCAGUUCAGUUGUUGCAUAUCUGUAAUUGGUUUCUAACAAUAAUCAAUUCCACAAGUAGAAAUUAUCCAAAGUGAAUUCAAUGUAGACAGUAGAUAUUAUCACUUCA